AUGGCAGCUCCGAAGCAAGUAACUGUGGGGCCGUUGGUGGGAGCCGUGGUCCAGGGCACCAACUCCACUCGCUUUCUGGUUUUCAAUUCAAAAACAGCAGAACUCCUUAGCCAUCAUCAAGUUGAAUUAACACAAGAUUUCCCCAAAGAAGGAUGGGUGGAACAAGACCCCAAGGAAAUUCUUCAGUCCGUCUAUGAGUGUAUAGAAAGAACCUGCGAGAAACUUGCCGAACUGAAUAUUGACAUUUCUAACAUUAAAGCCAUCGGUGUCAGCAACCAGCGGGAAACCACAGUGGUCUGGGACAGGUUAACGGGAGAGCCUCUCUACAAUGCCGUGGUAUGGCUUGAUCUAAGAACCCAGUCUACUGUGGAAGCUCUCAGCAAGAAGAUCCCAGGAAAUAACAACUUUGUUAAAUCCAAGACUGGCCUUCCGCUGAGCACCUACUUCAGUGCAGUGAAACUGCGUUGGAUGCUUGACAAUUUGAGAAACGUUCAAAAGGCUGUUGAAGAAGGCAGAGCUCUUUUCGGGACCAUUGACUCUUGGCUUAUCUGGAGUAUGACUGGAGGAACCAAUGGGGGCACCCAUUGUACGGAUGUAACCAAUGCAAGCAGGACCAUGCUGUUCAACAUCCACUCUUUGGAGUGGGAUAAAGAGCUCUGUGAUUUUUUUGAAAUCCCAAUGAACAUUCUUCCAAAUGUCUGGAGCUCUUCUGAGAUAUAUGGCUUAAUGAAAGAUGGGUCCCUGGAAGGUGUGCCAAUAUCUGGGUGUUUGGGGGACCAGUCAGCUGCCUUAGUAGGACAGAUGUGCUUCCAGGAAGGACAAGCCAAAAACACAUACGGAACAGGCUGUUUCUUAUUAUGUAAUACAGGUCGAAAGUGCGUAUUUUCUGAACAUGGCCUUCUGACUACAGUGGCUUACAAGUUAGGCAAAGAUAAGCCAGUAUGUUAUGCUUUAGAAGGUUCUGUUGCUAUAGCUGGUGCUGUCAUCCGUUGGCUAAGGGACAAUCUCCAAAUUAUAUCGACCUCAGAUGAAGUUGAAAACCUUGCUAAACAAGCAGGCACUUCUUAUGGCUGUUACUUUGUCCCAGCCUUUUCAGGGUUAUAUGCUCCUUACUGGGAACCUAGCGCACGAGGUAUCAUCUGUGGCCUCACCCAGUUUACUAAUAAAUGUCACAUUGCUUUUGCUGCAUUAGAAGCUGUUUGUUUCCAAACCCGAGAGAUUCUGGAGGCCAUGAACCGUGACUGUGGAAUUCCACUCAGUCAUUUACAAGUAGACGGAAGAAUGAGCACCAACAAAAUUCUUAUGCAACUACAGGCAGACAUUCUGCAUAUUCCUGUGGUUAAGUCUGUUAUGCCUGAAACAACUGCCCUGGGAGCUGCCAUGGCAGCCGGAUCUGCAGAAGGAGUGGGUGUUUGGAGUCUUGAACCCGAGAACAUGUCAGCAAUCAUGAUGGAAAGGUUUGAGCCACAGAUCCAGGCCACAGAAAGUGAAGUUCGUUACUCUACCUGGAAGAAAGCGGUGAUGAAGUCAAUGGGUUGGGUUACAGCUCAGACUCAUGAAAGUGCUGAUUCAGCCAUGCUCUCUAGUCUGCCCCUGGGCUUUUUUAUAGUUGGUAGUAUGGUGAUGUUAAUUGGAGCAAGAUACAUCUCAGAUUUAUCAGAUUAA